AAGAAACAUAUCAUAUCUGCUCCUAGAGAGAGACAUUUUUUUUGAAACUUUAGAGAGAGAGAGAGAUAUGGCAGGGAUAGCUUGCUGUUGCCCUUCAACACUCUCCUCCAGAAGAAAUGUGGCAACAACAUGUUGGCUGGUUUCACAAGGAAGAAAGCUGACAGGGAAACAAUUUAAGACAAGAAGUUUGGCAAUAAGAGCAGAAGUCGAUUUCGUCGAUUCUGAAGAAGCUAAGAAACUUAUUGCGGUUGAAGGAUACGCAGUUGUCGAUGUUCGAGAUAGAAUUCAGUUCGAGAGAUCCCACAUUAAGGACUGCUAUCACGUUCCCCUCUUCAUCGAAAACAAAGACAACGAUUUCGGAACAAUAAUAUAUCGGCAGCUGCACAACAAUUUCUCCGGUUUGUUCUACGGUUUGCCUUUCACUAAACCUAAUCCGGAGUUUGUCGAAUCUCUCAAGGGCAAGUUUUCGCCCGACACCAAGUUGUUGCUUGUUUGCCAGGAGGGUCUCAGGUCUGCUGCUGCUGCUAACAAGUUAGAGCAAGCUGGUUAUGAAAAUAUAGCCUGUAUAACUUCUGGGCUCCAAUCUGUACAACCUGGAACAUUCGAUUGUGUCGGUUCGACGGAGCUGCAAAAUGCAGGAAAAGCUGGUUUAGUUCAAAUACAAGGCAAAAUUUCAGUCGUACUAGGGACUGUUCUCAUCAGUGCAUUUCUAUUCAUUACUUUCUUCCCAGACCAAGCAGAGAAGAUAAUUCAGCUCUUUCCUUCAACCUAAGACUUCGAUAUUUUCCAUGUAAAACGAGAGGAUAUUAUUAGAUUUUUGUUGAACGAAAAAAGUCGGAAUAUCUUGCUGUCCUGAUGAGAGUACAAUAUUUGAACACCACAAGGGGAAAAGAAAAAAAAAGGAUGUUGUACAUAUUAGAAAUCUCGAAAUAACGUUGUUUCUCGAGAACUACGGCAUCAUUCAUUAGCAAACUCGAAGUACAGAUUUACUAGAUCACAGCUCAUAUAUUUGAACGAAUUUGGCGUAGCUAACACGGCAGCUUUGAAGUCCCAGCAUUGAAAAAAAAUGGCAGGAAAGGAUGUUGAAACUGAUUGAAUAUUCAAGUAAAACUCCGUUUCUCUA